CACUGCCCGGGUACUGGUACCCUUGCUGAGAGCAGAAGGCUUCUCCAUUGAAGCGCUUUGGGGGAAGACUGAAGAGGAGGCCAAACAGCUGGCAGAGGAAAUGAACAUCUCCUUCUACACAAGUCGGACUGAUGAUGUCUUGCUGCACCAGGACGUAGAUUUGGUUUGCAUCAAUAUCCCUCCACCACUAACUCGGCAAAUUGCUGUGAAGGCUCUAGGUAUCUUUUUAUCUUUGGAGUUGGACCAAAAAUCCAUAGCUCGUUGGCAGGUUGAAAUUUGAAGCUGUUACCGCAGCACAAUUCUGGUUGCACCAAUGUGCAAAUGCAGUGCUGAAGGUUUUGUGUGGAAUUGGUAGCGCCAUCUGCGAGAGAGGUUACCUCGAAUUUUUUGUAAAAAUAGUGUUUGUAAUUGCUUAUAGCUUUGCGAGUCUCGAACCAAUUGGGCUAAAAUACCUCAUCUUCUUCAGACUGAACUUACAGUGGGGAGGUUUUAAUAAAAAUGAGCUGUUUCAGAGAUGACGAUGAAGGGGUAAAAUGUUUUUAUGCCCAUUUAAAAAAAAACAACCGAACAAAAAAAAACAAAACCAAAAACCAACCAAACAAGUUGCUGAAUUAAUUUCAAAUCUUCCCAUGUUCUGCAAUAGGAAACUGAGAUUUGCCUGAGGUGGGGGGGUUGUUCGGCUCUGCUUUUGGUUUUCCCCACAAAUAAAACCAAAUUGGAAAGUUAAAAGCCUUUGAAAAAAUGCUUGCAUGCACUCAGUAGAAUCUUGUGAGUUAGGACCUAAAUUCUCUGCAGAUGCUGUUUUCAGCCAGCAAUGCUGUGACCAUGGCCACCACCUGGAGCUCUCUUGGGACAUCCAUGUCCAUAGCAGUCUGGUAUGGUCCCGGGUGCGGGUUUGCUGGAGGAAUCCUUCUACCUGACGCAGGAGGGCAGAUGCUGGGGGAGGAGGAGAUGCUGGGGACAGCAGGAGGAAUCCAGCAAGAUGGGCUGGGUGAAGGUGUCAGGGAGAGAAGGGAUGACACUCCAAAGUGGUUGGGCAGGGCGGUGGGAGCCAACUGCCCGGACACCCUGACAUUUCUUAAUUCUCCAGUAUGUGACUUUGUAGUGUUAAUGUCCUCUCACGUAGUACAGCGUGGGUGUGAGUUUGCAUCUAAUUCUGUAAAUAACAAGUGUGAUAUUUUUACUGUGUUUACAGGAGAUCCACAUGAGUUAAUUUUAGGACGGGUAAUAUCUCAAACCAUGUAAGCCAGGGUGGUUUGUUGUUCUUAGCCUCUUUGCUCUACAGUAAUUUGUUUUGGAAGUAAACAACUCCCUGCACAAACAUUCAAUGCCACUUAGCUAUGCAGAGAGAGAUUUCAGGCUUUUUUUUUUUUUUUCUCUUUUUCUUUUUUACAUUGUUAGAUUUGUUUGUUUACCUUGUUAGAGUACUACCCUUUGAAUUUAAGGUAUUCUGACUUCUGAAUAUUUGAACUGUAAGUUAGAAUUUCUCUCUUUAAAUGCUAAAAGUUCUUUUAAACACUUUUUAGGUAAUAAGCAUUUCACUAGUUCUCAUGGCUCGUGAUGGGCAAGUGGGCUAAAAGGAGAGGAUUGAACCUUAUCUGGUGAAUUAUUAACUAAAAUGGAUUGAGAUUCUUUCUUCAAAGGCUGGGAACCUGUAAGAUGGCAUUAUCCAGAGGAGGAAAGGAGUGCAGAAGUACAGGCGUGAUAUGUAUGCUUGACUGCAAGUAUAAAUAAGUGCAAAGCUGAAAAAGCUAGGGAAAUGAAUGGAUGAAGUAGUACAGGGCAGUUUAUUCUUCGCUUAUGUCCUAAAAUGUUCUGAUCUGCAAACUGGUGCAGGCAUCUCAGGCCCAAUAUGAUGCUGACCUUGUCUUUCAGCUUUCUAGGUUUGUCGCAAUGGUAUUUAUAGAUCUGCUACCAACUAUGUUGUGACAUAUUUUGAGCCAGUGUUGGAUGGCUUGCUGUGAUUGAGCAUUUUGAAGGAACACAAAAUCAGGAUAGGGCCAAAGAUGGCAAGUACAUUUUCUCUGAAAGUUCAGAGCAAUAACGUGAUCUACGUAAUUGGAGAAUUAUUGGCUGUGAAUUGUAUAUAAUAGAUUGGUGUUUACUAGUCGAGAAACUGGGCUUUAGGAAAGAUCAGAUGCGGUGCAGUGAUAAUGGUCUCGUGUGUUUUGUUUUGUUGCGGUUUGUUUGUUUAUUUAUUUUAAAGUGCUUAUGCUUUUAUUACUUAUUUGUAAACUUUUUUUAUACUUUUUUUUUUUUUUUAAUUUUAAAAUGUGGUUACAUUUUUAUUUCUGGCAGGGAUGAGAGACAGACCCAGUUUUUCCAGGCAGUGCAAUUUGCUUGCAUAAGUUUCUUAUUGACAGACAUCCAUAAACAAGCCUAGGUACAACUUUGGCGUGACGGGGACAAAGCAGUAACACUGGAUUGAGUUCAUGAACCAGACAGAACAGAUCAAAGCCCAGAGGAUAAUUCAGGUUAAAAUCAGUCUAAUCUUAUGGUUUAUCUCCACAACAGGCAAUGCAAGAAGCUAUCCUAAAAUUUGUGCUUCUUUUGAUCUCAGAGGAACUAAAUUAAUUUCACAAAAUGUCUGUGUUGUGGUUCAUGUCCCACAGUUAAAAUGCAUCCACCUUUGCAUUAGGUGAGCACAGAGCGGAGUUACCAGCUAGAGUGGAAUGUAAAACAUGGGAUGUUUUUGCAUGAGGCAAAGUUCAGGGAGGCAAAACAUGAGAAGUCCUCAGAGUAAAAUUUCUUCAGGGUGCUAAAGAUAAUGCUGCUGCACAUACUGAGCCCAGCUGUCAAAUGGAUGGUUUGUGGAGUGGCUACAGAGGAACCUCUUACUUGUCUCUCUUGGUUUAUACUGGUUGACUACAUCAUUUAAAACAUCUUUGCAACAUAGGUUGUUUGACACUCUGAUUUUGUGGAGUCCCUACAAAUUAUAGCACAUAUAUGUUAGUUAUGAAGGAAGGAGUCAGAAAGGGCUCUGUCACUGCUUUGUGUUGUGACAAAUCCAGAUUUCCUGUUCUUGAGACAGGAUGAACAAGCAUGCUGUGAGUGCUCUUUGCAUAUUGUGCUUCCCGUCUCUGUAACAAGUAGCAUGGAGAUCUUUUCAAACUGUAGGCAAACAAGAAAUGAAAUGAAGGAGUGUGUUUUGGAAUGAGCGUUCAUUCACUGGGAGGCUCCCAAAGCAAGUACAUCUGAAACAGCUGGCUAUUUGGGAAGACUCCUCAGACACUCCCAACUUCUUAUAGUGGACAAAGCAAUGGUCUGGUGUGCUUCAACAGUGACCAGUUGUACGUCUUCCUUGGUGCAACCUCAGGAAUAGGGAAGAACGUGAUCUGUGAGAAAGCUGCUACCUCUGUGGAUGCCUUCAGGAUGGUCACAGCUGCCAGGUAUUACCCCAAGCUGAUGAGCAUUGUUGGCAACGUUCUCCGUUUCUUGCCUGCCUUUGUGAAGAUGAAGCAGUUGAUAGAAGAACACUACGUGGGCAACGUGAUGAUCUGCGACGUACGAGUUUAUGGGGGAAGCCUGCUCAGCCACAAGUACAACUGGAUCUGUGAUGAGCUGAUGGGAGGAGGUGGUCUGCAUACAAUGGGAACCUACAUUAUCGACCUCCUAACUCACCUCAUCAGCAGAAGAGCAGAGAAGGUCCACGGUUUGCUUAAGACUUUUGUGAAGCAGAACACGGCUAUAAGCGGGAUCCGCCACGUCACUAGCGAUGACUUCUGCUUUUUCCAGAUGCUAAUGAGUGAGGGUGUCUGUUGCACUGUGACUCUCAACUUCAACAUGCCUGGAUCAUUCAUUCAUGAAGUCAUGAUUGUUGGGUCUGCUGGUCGCCUGAUAGCUCGCGGGACAGACUUGUACGGGCAGAAAAACACUGCGCUCCAAGAAGAACUACUGUUUACAGACUCUCUGACUAUCAACAAGGGCCUUUUGGAUAAGGGGUUUAAAGACAUCCCGCUGCUUUACCUAAAAGGAAUGGUGUACAUGGUGCAAGCACUGCGGCAGUCUUUCCAAGACCAGGAAGACCGUCGGACGUGGGAUCAUAAACCUGUCUCUAUGGCAGCCUCUUUUGAAGAUGGUCUGUACAUGCAAAGUGUAGUAGAGGCCAUCAAGAAAUCCAGCAGGUCAGGAGAGUGGGAGGCUGUGGAGGUCAUGACCGAAGAACCAGAUGCCAAUCAAAACCUCUGCGAGGCGCUUCAGAGAAAUAACUUAUGAACAUUCCUGCUUUGGAAGAUAGGACAAUUAACACUUCUAGCUGUAAUGUAAAAAAACUCUCCAUUUUUAAGAUAUGUAGAUUCUUAUUUAACAACCUGAGUUCCUUGGUUUUUUAAACGUGUACAAUAUGUUCUGAUAGAAACUGUUCUCAUUUAAAUUGUUUAAAGAGUUUUAAAUGUUUCCAUUUUUGCAAACGUUUAAUUUUUGUCUUGGAGACUGGUAGGAAAACUUGAAUUGCCCUUUGCACUUGCAGUAGCUGAAGUGAAGCAUGGGAUCUCUGCUGUUGCAUGGCUUGGACAUGGGACACAACCCCUGUUGCACAGGUUGCUUAUUUUAACAAUUUUAACGUGAGAGCACAUAGAGCAAGAUCAGGGAGUAUCUGUUGUUCAGAUGCCUUUUCCUUCUCUCUUGGAGACUGAUUUAAGUUUUACUCCUCAGUUUGUAAAAUUUUAUAAAAGAGUUUAGUGAUGUAACAGGUCUCUAAACUCCUGUAGGACAAAUAGUAGAAGGAACGGAUAAAAGUCUGGAACAUAAGGAUCGGCCUUUUGGCUUCCCGCAUGUGGCAAAUGUCUUUCACAUUCAUUUAAACUGGUAUUUUAUUUAAAUGAUGCUAUGAAUUCUCUGUUGAUGGUGUCUUGGCAGGAAAAUCUUCAGGAAGUUUGUGAUGAUUUGUGCUCUUCUUCCUUAUCUGUAGACAUUAUUCCUUCUACUCAAGAGGCUGCCUGCAUCCAGCAGCUUUUUUCCAUAAACUCUGUGUCCGUCGGUUGUGUUUACUGCCCGGCAGCACUGGUGCCGUGACUGCGGGGCCACGUUCUCAUUUCUGUGACUGUUAAUAAAUGCCUCCCAGGGUCAUGGGAUUUCCACAGUGUUGUGGAUAAUGAGGUUGUACAGCAUUAACCUUCCAGGGACCUGAAGAUGGAAGUAAGGAGGUAUUUCCUACCUCUUGUAGCUCUCUUAAUGUGCUGGCUGGGUAACUGUCACACUACACACAUCCUGAUAGUUGAGAGAAUGGGGACUGAACUGUCAUGGGUAAGUCUGCUCUUAAUCUCAAACACUGGAUAUUAACCCUCUGGCCCUGCCCAUCCUCACGCCCUCCUGCAGCGUGUGUCCAGUGGAGAGAUCUGUUGUCAGAUGAUGGGUGGAAGUUCAUCCAUUUGAGAAACGUUUCUCUCUGAGGCAGGUAUGCGGAAGGGAUAAUCCAAUUUUACUACAUAUAUUUUGUGUACUUGAAAGCUUUUUUUAAUGUAUUUCUCACUAAAUUGUAACCCUGUGUAUUUAUGUAUCUUAACAUGCAAACUGCUGUUUCAUAAGCUGGUCCUUCCUGAAAAGAUCUUGUUUUCUACAGAAAUAAAAAGUUGUGUUUGUUGAGGGCAUUCUUUA